AUGGUUGACAUCCUUUUACAACACUUGAAAACCUAUGAAGUUGCUAUUCAGACAAAAGCAAAUGUAUUCAUUGUAUAUGGAGAACCUCCAUCUUUUCAGAUUGUGAGGAUAUUUUUAUUUCUAAUAUCCUGUAUGUCAUGGCCUCCUCUUGGAAAAGUGUGGGUUGUUACAUCCCACUGGGAUUUCACCUCGGUGUCCUUUCAAAGGACUUGGGAUAUGCAAACCUUCCAUGGUUCCAUAUCCUUCACUGCUCACUCAAAUCAGCCAUCAGGUUUCCAAAGGUUUAUUGAGGAGAUAACGCCUUUUGGGGUGAAAGGAGAUGGAUUUAUCCAGGACUUCUGGGAACAGGCAUUCAGCUGUUCAUUAAAGAAGCAGGAGGAAGAUGAAACAGAAACAUGCACUGGGAAGGAGAAGCUGGAGAGCAUUCCUGGUAUUUUGUUUGAAAUGAAGAUGACUGGCCAUAGUUACAGUGUCUACAAUGCUGUCUAUGCUGUGGCACAUGCUUUGCAUGACAUAUACAGGUUGAAAUUGAAGCAUAGAAGGUUGUUGCGAGAUAAGAGAUUCUUAUUUCAGAAUGUGCAACCAUGGCAGGUCCAUCACUUUCUAAGCAACAUUAUAUUUAAUAAUAGUGGUGGAGAAACAAUACAUUUUGAUGACAACGGAGAAUUAGUUUCUGGUUUUGAUGUUACAAACUGGAUGAUGUUCCCCAAUGGCUCUGUGAUUAGAGUGAAAGUUGGAAUAUUGGAUCCUCAGGCUCUUCCAGGCAAAGAGUUGACCAUUAAUAAUGACCAAAUUGUGUGGCAUCAAAGCUUUAACCAGGUGCUGCCAGUUUCUGUGUGCAAUGACAACUGUUAUCCUGGCUACAGCAGAAAAAAGAAAGAGGGAGAAAAAUUUUGCUGCUAUGAUUGUGCUCUGUGUCCAAAAGGGAUGGUCUCUUGCCAAAAGGACAUGGAUGCCUGUGUCAAAUGUCCAGAAGACCAGUAUCCCAACAGGGACCAAACCCAGUGCAUUCCAAGAGCUAUAAGCUACCUUUCUUACAAAGAGUGUUUAGGAACCACCUUGGUUAUCAUGGCUAUUUCUUUCUUUUUUGUCACAACUUUAGUCCUUGGAAUUUUUUUGAAGCACAAGGACACCCCCAUAGUGAAAGCAAACAACCGGACCCUCACCUACAUCCUCCUCAUCUCCCUCCUCCUUUGCUUCCUUUCAUCCUUGCUCUUCAUUGGACUACCUGGAAAAGCAACCUGCCUUCUGCGGCAGACAGGUUUCGGCACCAUCUUCUCUUUGGCCCUUUCCUCUGUAUUGGCAAAGACCGUCACUGUGGUUCUGGUAUUUAUGGCAACCAAACCAGGUGCCAGGAUGAGAAAAUGGGUUGGCAAAAAACCAGCAAGUUACAUUGUAGUUUCCUGUACCUUGAUCCAAGCUGGUGUUUGCAUUUUGUGGUUAAGUGCUUUCCCGCCAUUUCCGGAUACAGACAUGCACUCAUUGGAUGGGGAAAUCAUACUUCAAUGUAACGAGAAUUCAACUACCAUGUUUUACUGUGUCUUGGGCUACAUGGGUUCCUUAGCCACUCUCAGUUUCAUUGUGGCUUUUCUAGCCAGGAAGUUACCGGACAGUUUCAAUGAAGCCAAGUUCAUCACUUUCAGCAUGCUAGUGUUUUGCAGUGUUUGGCUGUCCUUUGUACCAAGUUACAUGAGCACCAAAGGAAAAUACAUGGUAGCUGUGGAGGUCUUCUCCAUCCUGUCCUCUAGUGCUGGACUACUGGGUUGCAUCUUUUUCCCUAAAUGCUACAUCAUUGUGCUGAGGCCUGAGCUAAACAGCAGGGAACAACUAAUAAGGAAAACUAAAUAA